AUGUGGACGUCGCACCGUUUGGAGGUUUGGGCCCGUUUGCUGGCGUCCACGCCCUGCAUCCCCUGCGCGGAGCUGGAUCAGGCGGCCGAGCAGCUCUGCUGCGCCUGUGCCAGCGAUGCCUACGCACGGGUUCGGCGGCGAGGUUUGUUGGUGCUUCUCCAGUGCUCUGCGUUGCAUCCCCAAUCCAUGACGAAGCACCUGGAGAAGAUCAGGCGUGUGCUUGAGAAGGCAUGCUUUGCUGAUGCUGAUUGUCAGCAGGCCUGCGUGCAGAUCGCUGAGCACUUGGACUUGGACUCCAAUGGCUUGCAAGGAGAUAGCCCAUGCUUUGAGUAA